ACACAUCUACCACAUAACCCCCAGCCUUUUCCUUUCUCUCCUCUACUCUUUAAAUCUUUGGAUCUUGUGCCUUCCUGCUCUUUUGAUCUUAUACCUCUCUCAUCUCUCUGAAUAUUAUCUCUUUAUUCAUUAACAUACCACUCAUCUAACAUCAAUCCAAUCCCCAUGGCUGACACCGACGGCACCCCGCUCCUUUGGGCAUACCAGCUGCGUCGUGAGAAUGUCUAUCUUGCCGAGCAGCUCGAGAGCACCAGCGCUGCGCUCGACUUGAACACUUCGACCGCGAACGAGCUGAAGAAGACGGUCAAGGAGCUACGGACCUGUAUCCAGAAGCUAGAAUCGGAGAACGCCACUCUCAAACUAGAGCUGGAGAGUCUGGAGGGCAGCGUGAGCAUGCACCUGGAGGACUUGGUGGCAAGGCUGCAGGAGGUUGAGCUGGAAUUCCAGCCUGGGCCGAAGAAAGCGAAGAAGUCGAACCGUCUGACCGAUUCGACCAUCAACGAUUCAGACGUUGCCAUGGUCCCUGACUCGAUGCCCUCCAACCCAUCCAUCCACCAGCCCAACGAAGGAGAACGCCCGUCCGAACCCGACAUGCGCCACCUCCUAAGCCAGAACCAGCGGACUCUCUCAGACUAUUUCUCCUUCGCAGAGAGUGUCCGCACCCAGCUACCCCCCUCCAAGCGCGAGGGAGUCCUCGUCGAAGCCUUCCUGACAGGUCUCCGGUUUCCUGGCGCGCGGCACUCGCUCGGGAUACAGCUCGACGAACAUGGUUGGACGUGGAUGGGGCUUAAGACCGCGCUGCAGCAGUUCAUGAAGCACCAGGAUAUCGGGCUGCCGAUUGGCACCAGGCCCAAAUCCAAGUCCAUGCUACACGGUAAAUCCGGCAAGGCGAGAAACGAUGCAGUUUGUCCCCCGCAGCAGCACGAGGGGAAGGAGAAUAUCAGCGUGAACAUGAAUGUCGUCGACGGGUAUGCGGCCGGCAAGACUGGGAAGAAGCGGAGACGAUGCAUCUCUAUCGUUCCCCCUGACGAGGAGUGGUGAGGGGUCUGGAUACGAAUCACGUCUUGACAUGGGAUGAUGAUAAUGAUAAUGACUUAUGGCUUAUGUUUGGCGGGGUUUAUUGUUCCUUUUUUUUUCCCUUUUCUUACUUUACGAUAUUCGGUUGAUCAUGUACUAUGUAUGUCUGUAUUUCAGCGUUCUGUGAAUAUUUACAGAUGAGAAGAUCUAAAAAACAGAGAAGGAUCUCCAUUUAGGUCUCCUUGUACUCGUAGGCGCCGGUGCUAUCCUCAACGGCGACCUCGAUUCUACCCUCGGAGAUCUCCUGGCCACCGACGGAGAUGGUGGCAGUCAUGAUAUCUCCGGAGACGACGGGGCCGACGCCCUUG